AUGGCAGCUGCACGACCACUGGUAUCAUCUGAUACAGAGACAGUGCCAAUCACAGAAUUGUUCAGGGGCCGCAACAUCGUUCUCUGCUUUGAUGGAACCACGAACCGCUUCGGAAAGGAAGGCAUCACCAACGUCAUCCGCGUUUAUGAGCUCCUCAACAAGGACACCAAACGACAAGUUUCUUACUACCAGGCAGGGAUCGGAACGUACGAUGCGAAAGUCCCAGUGGGAACCGACUCAGAUGGAUUGCCGCUGAAGACAAGAAUAUCGAAAUGGAAAGAUGUACUCGUCGCGAACGGUAUCAAGGGACACAUUCUCGGAGGAUAUAGAUUCUUGAUGAACCACUGGAAGAGCGGGGAUAGGAUUUACAUGUUCGGAUUUAGUCGUGGCGCUUACACCGCACGAGCGUUGUGCGGCAUGAUUGAGAAGGUUGGCCUGCUCAUCGCUGGUAAUGACGAACACGUCGAGUUCGCGUGGAAAAUGUACAAGAUGCGCAGCAAUUGGCAGCAAGCUGGAGAGUUUCGUGACAUCUUCGGUCAAAAGGCAACAAUUCAUUUCCUCGGCCUCUGGGACACUGUUCGAUCAACCGGCACGAAACGGACUUCAUAUCUACCAGAGCCCGGCAUGAGCCCGACGAAAGAUGGAGACCAUAACCGUAUUGACGGCUUUGCACGUUACGUCUAUCAUGCGCUCUCACUUGACGAAAGACGAGUCAAAUUUGAACCGGAGAAGUACCAUCCGCCUCCUCCGACUUCGGGUGGGGCUCGACCACGUAAAUCAACUGUCAUCGAGCGCUGGUUUGUUGGUGAUCAUAGCGACAUUGGAGGACGAUUCGGAUUCCUCGAGAGGAAGAGCGAAGAGGGCUCCUUAGCAAAUCUGAGCUUUCGUUGGAUCGUCUGGGCGGCGGCAAUGGCCUCGGCGGAUGGAAACAUCAUUUUUAGUGAAAAGGCUCUCAGGAAGUAUCGCUCGGUGUUGAUAUACGGAGAUCACGGCACUUCCACGAUUCUGAAUAUCCUGACGACGUCAACACCCGAGGAGGAUUCCGAGAAGGCACAUAAGCCCCAAGACACCAAACGUCCUCCACGAGAACACACAGAGCUGGCAGACAAGAUCCAUUGCUCCUUUGACCACGGUUUACGUGGGAAAGGCUGGGCAUUUUUGGAGAUUGUUGAGAGAAGACCAACUCGAGGUCGAUACCGCAAACUUCCAGCGGGUGCCAAAUUGCACGCGUCUGCCCGCUCCAAAGUUGAAUCCGACAAGAACUACGCACUAGGGCAUCCUGAUGAGCGCGACACAAAACUCAGUGCUCUCGAAGGCGACGAAUAUAUCGAGAAGGUCGUCCUUGCUGCCCCGCCUGCUCCUCCUGUUCUCGUGCAAGCGUCGACAAACAUAACUGCUGAAGCUCAACUUGAAACAAACCGGAGCCGCGGAACGGCGGGUGCUUCACGAACAGGAACAGUGCUUCCUCGCCCCAAACCGGGUCCAUUGGGAACGUAUGUUCCCCUGACGGAUGCGACCUUCCGCUGGGUUAAGCCUCUAAUUCGGGCAAUGGUAUGGCGCGGCUGA